AUGGAGUUGGGCGAGCUGCUCUACAACAAGUCUGAGUACAUCGAGACGGCAUCUGGGAACAAAGUUAGUCGCCAGUCAGUGUUGUGCGGAAGUCAGAACAUCGUUCUCAAUGGCAAGACCAUUGUGAUGAAUGACUGUAUUAUCCGAGGAGAUCUGGCAAAUGUAAGAGUUGGACGUCAUUGUGUUGUGAAAAGUCGGAGUGUCAUAAGGCCACCGUUCAAGAAAUUCAGCAAAGGGGUUGCAUUCUUCCCUUUACAUAUUGGGGACCAUGUUUUUAUUGAGGAAGAUUGUGUGGUCAACGCAGCUCAGAUUGGCUCUUACGUUCAUGUUGGCAAGAAUUGUGUAAUUGGGCGUCGGUGUGUGUUGAAAGACUGCUGCAAAAUUCUUGACAACACAGUACUACCUCCAGAAACGGUGGUCCCACCAUUCACCGUCUUCUCAGGCUGCCCAGGACUCUUCUCGGGGGAGCUUCCCGAAUGUACCCAGGAGCUGAUGAUCGAUGUCACCAAGAGCUACUACCAGAAGUUUUUGCCCUUGACUCAGGUCUAA